AUGCACGUUUCAUUUACUGUAGGAAGGAAUUUCAGUUUCCACAUUUCAGUGGAUAACGUUAGGAAGCAGAACAGUACAGUGGAUAACGUUAGGAAGCAGAACAGUUCAGUGGAUAACGUUAGGAAGCAGAACAUUUCAGUGGAUAACGUUAGGAAGCAGAACAGUUCAGUGGAUAACGUUAGGAAGCAGAACAGUACAGUGGAUAACGUUAGGAAGCAGGACAGUUCAGUGGAUAACGUUAGGAAGCAGAACAGUUCAGUGGAUAACGUUAGGAAGCAGAACAGUUCAGUGGAUAACGUUAGGAAGCAGAACAGUUCAGUGGAUAACGUUAGGAAGCAGAACAGUACAGUGGAUAACGUUAGGAAGCAGAACAGUUCAGUGGAUAACGUUAGGAAGCAGAACAGUUCAGUGGAUAACGUUAGGAAGCAGAACAGUACAGUGGAUAACGUUAGGAAGCAGAACAGUUCAGUGGAUAACGUUAGGAAGCAGAACAGUUCAGUGGAUAAUGUUAGGAAGCAGAACAGUACAGUGGAUAACGUUAGGAAGCAGAACAGUUCAGUGGAUAACGUUAGGAAGCAGAACAGUUCAGUGAAUAACGUUAGGAAGCAGAACAGUUCAGUGGAUAACGUUAGGAAGCAGAACAGUUCAGUGGAUAACGUUAGGAAGCAGAACAGUUCAGUGGAUAACGUUAGGAAGCAGAACAGUUCAGUGGAUAACGUUAGGAAGCAGAACAGUUCAGUGGAUAACGUUAGGAAGCAGAACAGUUCAGUGGAUAACGUUAGGAAGCAGAACAGUUCAGUGGAUAACGUUAGGAAGCAGAACAGUUCAGUGGAUAACGUUAGGAAGCAGAACAGUACAGUGGAUAACGUUAGGAAGCAGAACAGUUCAGUGGAUAACGUUAGGAAGCAGAACAGUUCAGUGGAUAACGUUAGGAAGCAGGACAGUUCAGUGGAUAACGUUAGGAAGCAGAACAGUUCAGUGGAUAACGUUAGGAAGCAGAACAGUACAGUGGAUAACGUUAGGAAGCAGAACAGUUCAGUGGAUAACGUUAGGAAGCAGAACAGUUCAGUGGAUAACGUUAGGAAGCAGAACAGUUCAGUGGAUAACGUUAGGAAGCAGAACAGUUCAGUGGAUAACGUUAGGAAGCAGAACAGUUCAGUGGAUAACGUUAGGAAGCAGAACAGUUCAGUGGAUAACGUUAGGAAGCAGAACAGUUCAGUGGAUAACGUUAGGAAGCAGAACAGUUCAGUGGAUAACGUUAGGAAGCAGAACAGUACAGUGGAUAACGUUAGGAAGCAGAACAGUUCAGUGGAUAACGUUAGGAAGCAGAACAGUACAGUGGAUAACGUUAGGAAGCAGAACAGUUCAGUGGAUAACGUUAGGAAGCAGGACAGUUCAGUGGAUAACGUUAGGAAGCAGAACAGUUCAGUGGAUAACGUUAGGAAGCAGAACAGUACAGUGGAUAACGUUAGGAAGCAGAACAGUACAGUGGAUAACGUUAGGAAGCAGAACAGUUCAGUGGAUAACGUUAGGAAGCAGGACAGUUCAGUGGAUAACGUUAGGAAGCAGAACAGUACAGUGGAUAACGUUAGGAAGCAGAACAGUUCAGUGGAUAACGUUAGGAAGCAGAACAGUUCAGUGGAUAACGUUAGGAAGCAGGACAGUUCAGUGGAUAACGUUAGGAAGCAGAACAGUUCAGUGGAUAACGUUAGGAAGCAGAACAGUUCAGUGGAUAACGUCAGGAAGCAGAACAGUACAGUGGAUAACGUUAGGAAGCAGAACAGUACAGUGGAUAACGUUAGGAAGCAGAACAGUUCAGUGGAUAACGUUAGGAAGCAGAACAGUUCAGUGGAUAACGUUAGGAAGCAGAACAGUUCAGUGGAUAACGUUAGGAAGCAGAACAGUUCAGUGGAUAACGUUAGGAAGCAGAACAGUACAGUGGAUAACGUUAGGAAGCAGAACAGUUCAGUGGAUAACGUUAGGAAGCAGAACAGUACAGUGGAUAACGUUAGGAAGCAGAACAGUUCAGUGGAUAACGUUAGGAAGCAGAACAGUUCAGUGGAUAACGUUAGGAAGCAGAACAGUUCAGUGGAUAACGUUAGGAAGCAGAACAGUACAGUGGAUAACGUUAGGAAGCAGAACAGUACAGUGGAUAACGUUAGGAAGCAGAACAGUUCAGUGGAUAACGUUAGGAAGCAGAACAGUUCAGUGGAUAACGUUAGGAAGCAGAACAGUUCAGUGGAUAACGUUAGGAAGCAGAACAGUACAGUGGAUAACGUUAGGAAGCAGAACAGUUCAGUGGAUAACGUUAGGAAGCAGAACAGUACAGUGGAUAACGUUAGGAAGCAGAACAGUACAGUGGAUAACGUUAGGAAGCAGAACAGUUCAGUGGAUAACGUUAGGAAGCAGAACAGUACAGUGGAUAACGUUAGGAAGCAGAACAGUUCAGUGGAUAACGUUAGGAAGCCGAACAGUUCAGUGGAUAACGUUAGGAAGCAGAACAGUUCAGUGGAUAACGUUAGGAAGCAGAACAGUACAGUGGAUAACGUUAGGAAGCAGAACAGUUCAGUGGAUAACGUCAGGAAGCAGAACAGUACAGUGGAUAACGUUAGGAAGCCGAACAGUUCAGUGGAUAACGUUAGGAAGCAGAACAGUUCAGUGGAUAACGUUAGGAAGCAGAACAGUUCAGUGGAUAACGUUAGGAAGCAGAACAGUUCAGUGGAUAACGUUAGGAAGCAGAACAGUACAGUGGAUAACGUUAGGAAGCAGAACAGUUCAGUGGAUAACGUCAGGAAGCAGAACAGUACAGUGGAUAACGUUAGGAAGCCGAACAGUUCAGUGGAUAACGUUAGGAAGCAGAACAGUUCAGUGGAUAACGUUAGGAAGCAGGACAGUUCAGUGGAUAACGUUAGGAAGCAGAACAGUUCAGUGGAUAACGUUAGGAAGCAGAACAGUUCAGUGGAUAACGUUAGGAAGCCGAACAGUUCAGUGGAUACCGUUAGGAAGCCGAACAGUUCAGUGGAUACCGUUAGGAAGCAGAACAGUACAGUGGAUAACGUUAGGAAGCAGAACAGGAUGUAA